AUGCCGCUCUCGCAGAAUAUUGCUCCUUCGUCUGAGGAUAUUCCUCCCGAGGAGAAGAGUCAGUAUCGAAUGAUCAAAGACGCCGGGUACAACAACAUGCAUGACUUCAUGUUGUCUUAUGGCAUAAAGCCGAGCAGUCUCGGAGGAUAUGAUGAAGCACGCCAGAUCAUAGACAUCAUGAGGCGGCAUGAUCAGGAGAUUUGGGAAGCAGAGCACAACGGACAAAACCAGGAUUACUCUGAUAACCACGAGGCACACACCAGUGAACCUAACCAGGGCUACUAUGAGGAUUGGAAGGCAGAACAAGACGUGCAGAGGUUUGAGGUCUGCGAGGGAAACGAUGACUAUGACGAAGGAGCAGUUGAACACCAUCACCAGUACUAUGAAGGUGCCGCGGACCAGAGUGAUUCGCCUCAGAGCCACUACAGUGAUGAUUGGGAGGCUGGCUCGGCUGGUGAGGAGGAGUGCUAUGAUAAUUGGGACUGCAAUGAGCAGUAUGAUGACGACUACGAAUGA